AUGGGAUUUGAACGCGAAUCUGAAUCUGAGUCUGAAUGGUUCCAAGAUGUCGUACGGUUUGCACUCAAGGCUUCUACGAGCACUCCCACGACGACAGGCUCCGAUUCCCCGCCGGAGCCGACGGAAGAAGAUCCUCUCCGACGGAAGCUGAUACAGGGAAUUCUAUUUACAAGACGACUGAUUCUCACAUACCAUAUUGCCAUUAUUGGGGGGUUGGCUUUAUUAUCUUUGGUACACUGGUCCCAAAAGACAAUUCGCUGGAGACGUCGACGUCGACGUGCAUCCCGGCGACGACUUCUCGAGAAUGAUCACCCAUCCGGAUACAGCGAGGGUGAAAACGCAAAGACUGGCCAAUCCUCUCCCAAGACUGGGGUUUACUACCAAGAUCCGGUGGAAGUCUCAGCAUCGUCUUCAGGGAGCAGUACAGUUGAUGGUACGACCAGCCCCACACUGGAAUAUCACAACGCAGUCGAAGAGACCCCUCUCCUACACCAUAACCGUGCCUUUCAAUCAUUAGGCCCUCGAAGAACGCUUCUCUCUUCCACGAAGGCGUUUCUAAUGUAUCAACCACCCCCGAUUCCAUUCAUCAACAAGUCUCUACCACCAAAUGGAACCUCCAUUGCCAUCUUAGCCUUCCUUGGGCUAAACAUAUUUUAUAUGUUCUUCCACCUCAGCUCCGAGAUCUACCAAUGUUUCAUUGCUGCCGAUAGAUUUGGCAUGCUUUUUGUGGCUAAUCUCCCUUAUCUGUAUUUACUGUCCGCGAAGAACCAACCUCUCAGAUUCCUCACCGGACGGUCCUACGAAUCUUUGAACCUUUUCCAUCGCCGCUUAGGCGAGCUGUUAUGCCUACAAGCUCUCCUCCACGCCACAGGCAUGAUAUGUACCUGGUAUCUACUAUUACGGCCUAAUGGAUUUGGAUUCGUUCGGUUUUUGAUGGUGAAGAUUAUUAUAUAUGGAUUGGUGGCUUUCUUUGCAUUUGAGUUACUUUAUUUGACAUCUCUUGCUAGUUUUCGACAGCGAUGGUACGAGCUUUUUCUGUGCGUGCAUGUAGUUUUGCAGGUCCUUGCAUUGAUUUUUCUUUUCUUGCAUCAUGCGGCUGGAAGGCCGUACGUCGGUGUUGCGCUGGCAAUAUUCCUCCUCGAUCGGCUCGUCUAUCGCUUCCGUCUCAAAAGUACAACAGUUGAUGCCCACGCCACCAUCAUGGAAGAUGACGAAACCGUGAAACUCUCUGCGGAUAUUACCCUAAAGCCAGAGAGCCACCUUUGUGGAUUUUUUGGCAAGUCCAUCACUGAUGGCUGGCAAGCUACGGACCAUGUCUUCGUGACGGUUCCCUCAUUAGGCCGCACGCACAUGCUACAAUCGCAUCCUUUCACCAUUGCCUCCCGGGCUCCGACGAAAAAGGACGGAGAAGUACGCCUAGACCUACUAAUUCGUGGUCGUGAUGGCUUCUCAGGUGACCUUCUCAUGAGAGCCCGCUCCCAUAGACAUCUUAAGGUCCGUCUCGACGGGCCUUAUGGUAGCACACACCCCAUGAACAUCCUCGAAGACGCGGAUCUAGCUCUAGUCGUGGCCGGUGGAAGCGGUAUUGCCGUUGCCUGGCCUCUUAUCCAUCAUCUUCUCGAUAAAUUCCGCUCUUCAGACAUAGAAGCCGCCCCGAAUUCCCAGCUGCGGAAGCAGAAGAUCGUACUCAUCUGGAUUAUCCAUAAGGCAGAGCAUAUAGAUUGGUUAGGCCAGACGGCGUUAGCAGAUGCGAAGGAUCGAGGCGCAGAAAUCAUCCUUCCGGGGGCCACGGAGGAGAUUGGGAGACCUAAUUUAACUAGCAUAAUGAACGAUGUUUUGGAUAGUAUGUCGGUGGGUAAUGGGACUUCGGCUGGUAAUAGCUUAGAGAAGAAUCGGACUGGUGUUGUGGUAAGUGGCCCAGACAGCAUGGGCCGUCUAGUGAGGAAUAGAUGUGCGGGUAUGGUAAGAGAUGGUAUGAAUGUUGAUAUUACGGUUGAGAAGUUCGGGUGGUGA